AUGACCGUGGACAAGAUCGAUGUAACCGGCGACCCGAGGGUCGAGCGCCGCUCGGCAAACGUCAAUGGCAAGACAUACGGCUACCUCUACAGCGAGCCCGAAUCGGGGGUUUAUCGGGCAACAAUCUUCCUCCUCCAUGGCUUCCCCGACCUAUCCAUGGGAUGGCGCUACCAAAUCCCCAUGUUGAUUUCCAUGGGUCUGCGAGUCGUCGCGCCAGAUUGUCUAGGAUACGGCCGAACAGACGCACCCGAAGAAAUAGAACUAUAUUCGCACAAAAGCUGCGCCAACGACAUCAAAGAACUCGCAAUCCAACUAGACGCACCCGAGAUCAUCCUCGGCGGACAUGACUGGGGCGCCGCCCUCGCCUACCGCGUCGCGCUCUGGCACCCGGAGCUCGUAACGCACAUCUUCACAGUCUGCGUGCCAUACGCAGCGCCAACCCGGAAAUACCUCGCACUAGAAGACAUGGUAGAGAACAUUGCGCCGCAUUUCGCCUACCAGCUGCAGUUCCGGAGCGGAAAUCUCGAAGACGUCAUCUUCAGCAAGGAAGAUAUCGAAAAGUUCUUGUCGGCGCUGUAUGGCGGUCGCACGGAUGAUAGGGAUGUGGCGUUUGAUGCCGAGUAUGGGGUUUUGUUGGAUCGGAUGGAACUUGUUAGACCGUCGCCUUUGCUGAGUGAGGUGGAACUGGAAUACUAUGCGAAUGAAUUCUCGCGGAAUGGGCUGAGAGGGCCGUUAAACUGGUACCGCACACGAGAGAUAAACUACGAAGAAGAGCUCGCCAUCCUGAACGCACGCAUCACGGCCCCAUUACUAUUCAUCCAAGCGCUGAAGGACUCUGCGCUGCCGCCUCAUCUAGGAAAAGGAAUGACACGGACUGUCCCGCAUUUGACGUAUAAACAGGUGAACACGGGUCAUUGGGCGCUGUGGCAGGAGCCGGAGGAGGUGAAUGAGAUUAUUGCGUGGUGGUUGAAGGAGGUGGUGUUCAAGAGUCUGAGGAUGUCGAGGUUGUGA